AACAAGACACCAUGCUUGAAAUACUGGCAAUUUAAAGCAGUUUCAUAUUCCGCCUCAGACCACUUCCCUGAAUGUAAAACCCGCAGAAGAAGAUUAAAUAGAUUCUCAGUGAGUGACUUUACUGAAGUACCAGUUACCAUGUCAGACAAAGUGGUCUACUCUGCUGUGAAGUUUAAGAACUCAUAUUAUACAGAUCCUGAAACCCAGUGUGACGUCAUCUACUCUGAAGUAAAAAUAUGUGAGCCACUCAGUACCCAGAAAACCAGCAGUGAGAAGAAAAAUGCCGUAUCCACAGAGAAGACUGGAACAAGUGCCCUUCACCACCGAGCGGCUCUUAUGAGUUUGGCACUGCUUUGCGCCGUCUUACUGACUGUCAUCAUAGUUCUGGGUGCUUCCCUAAAUAGCAUCAGUGAGGAUUUUUAUGCAAUGGAGGAAGAUCUGGCCAAGUUCAAAGCAAACUACAGCUUUCUGGUUAAUGAGACAGGCCAGCUACAAGAAGUUUUCAGAAGUCUGAAUAAAGACAAAAGACAGCAACAGGAAGACUUCAACAAUCUGUUUACGGAGAAUGUUGAGCUACAGGAGAGAUUUAGAAUCCUGAUCAAGAACCAGGAGGAGCUGCAGAAAAGCUACGACAAGCUUGAUGAAGAGAAAAAGGAGUUACAAAACAAUUUCAAUAUUUUGACUAAUGACAAGAGCCAGUUACAGGAAAACUAUAGCAUUCUGGUGAAAGGCAAGGAGCAGCUACAAAAUAAAUAUAAUAUAUUUUCCAAAAAGUUACAUGUUCUGGACCAGUACUGUCCCUCCAUUUGUAAAGAUGGUUCUAUCAAAAAAAGUACCAGGUCCUCUACAUCUGAAAACCUUGACUGUAACCUCUGUCCCCAUGGCUGGAAGAACUUUAAUUCCAAGUGUUACUAUAUUUCUAAGCUUGAAUAUGGUACAUGGACUCAAAGUAAAGAUUACUGUACAACUCAUAGAGCUCAUCUUGUGAUUAUAGACGAUGAGGACGAAAAGAAUUUUAUCAACAAACAUAUAACCAGAGAUUACUGGAUUGGACUGUACAGGGAAGCAAGGAUGAGUGCUUGGACCUGGGUGGAUAACACCCCUCUAGGUGAGAACAGGUAAGGCACGUUUUACAGCACAUUCUGUGUAUUGUAGUAGAAAUAAAAUAAAAUGAAGACAUGCAACAGCAUUCACUUUCCAGCAUAAGACAAACUAAGUGGUUACUCACUCACUCACUCAGUUUUGUUAACCACUUGUCCAAGCCAGGGUUGCAGUGGUCCAGAACCUAUCCUGGAAAAUUUGGGUGAAACGCCUGCAAGGGUACACCCGGGACAGAAUGCCAAUCUAUCCUAGGGUAGCUAGACACACCCAUUCAUGUGCACACACACUACAGGCAAUUUCAAGUCUCCGGUUCUCCUGAAAUACAUUGUUGCACUGUGGGAGGAAGCCCAUGCAAAACACAAGGAGAACAUGUAAACGCUACAUAGGCUGGGCAUGGAUUCUAACCUAUGCUACUCCACCAGCCUGGCACUAUGAGACAGAAGUGCUCCCUCUGUGCCACCAUAGAGCCAACAAGUGAUUAGUAUGUCCCAAUCAUUAGUUAAGUAGUUCAUAGGAUUCUGCUGUUGGUAAGAUCUGAAUCUCUCAUGCAGAGUCGAUUCAGGGUCAGACUUCAAGCUGUGGUGCUGGUUUAAUACCUCGACUAACAAACACCAUGAAGGAACAGUGACUGUGUCCAUUACAAAGACCACACAAACAGCCUCACUGUCUCAUGCAGUCUUUCUCUUUCAGAUUCUGGCAAAAAGGACAGCCAGGAAAUCUAUAUUAUUACUCUAAAGAAUGUGUCAUUUCUAAUGCAGCUGGAUGGAAAAAAGAGAGCUGUUACUCUCACAAUUUUUGGGUCUGUGAAACUGAAGCACUAAUAUUCUAAUUUUGUUACACAUGAAACUUGCCAGAGUUGUUUGUACACAAUGAAAAAUCAUUUGUUAUAAAGUAUAUUGAUAGAUAAUAGUUCUUUUCAAGUAUUUAUGUGAUAAAACAAUUAUGUUUAGUGUUCAUUAGAUAAUUAGCUUCUUUAAAAGCACUACUGCCUGUAUGGACAAUUACAGUUUGUGACAUGAGUGUAAUAUAAACCUUGCAAUAUAAUUAUACUCAUAAUACCCAUAACUGUAGUAAAGGGGCUAAGGAACAUAAUUUAACCACCAGCAUCUACAUCAAAGCAAAGACGUUCAAAGUAUGUAUUUCAAGUCGAUGUG